AGCAAUGUCGAGUCUCGCCCGCUUCCACACUCGCUCUCCUGCUACUACUCCACACGCAACUCGCGUCUCUCUCGAUCUCUCUCUUUCUCUCUCAACCUUCUCCCCUGUACUUUUUGCCCAGCCACCAGAACAUCAAUCAUGAGUUCUGCUGAGGCCGCAGCUAGGAAAAAGCUUAACUUUGAGAAGGCGACCAACUUCAUGCGCCAGUUCAGGGACCCUGAGACGCGCGAUCUCAAAAAGCUCUCCGCCAACCAGUUCAUGGACGUCUGGAGCCACUACGAUAAGGAUGGAAACGGUUAUAUCGAGGGAACUGAGCUCGACGGAUUUCUAAAAGAGUUUGUGUCUAGUGCCAACGCGUCCGAUGUCAGCCCGGAGGCCGUCUCCGAUGCAGUGCUCGCCGAACUCAAGGCCUGCUUCCUCGAGGCGUAUGAUGACAACCAAGAUGGGAAAAUCGACAUUAGGGAGCUGGCGCAGCUUCUGCCUAUGGAGGAGAACUUCCUUCUGCUGUUCCGCUUCGAUAACCCACUCGAGUCCAGCGUGGAGUUUAUGAAGAUUUGGCGCGAGUAUGACACUGAUGGCAGUGGAUUCAUCGAGGCCGACGAGCUCAAGAACUUCCUGCGUGACUUGUUGAGGGAGGCGAAAAAGAUCAAUGAUGUGUCUGAAGAUAAACUGAUUGAGUACACGGACACUAUGCUCCAGGUGUUUGACGCAAACAAGGAUGGGCGUCUGCAGCUUUCGGAGAUGGCCAAGUUGCUGCCUGUACGAGAGAACUUUUUAUGCAGGCAGAUCUUCAAGGAAGGAAUGAACAGCGGUGCAACAAAGUUGACAAAAGAAGACAUUGAGCGGGUCUUCGCGCUUUACGACAGGGACAACAAUGGAUCUAUUGAGAAUGAAGAACUGCGUGGCUUCCUUAAGGAUCUUCUAGAACUUGUGAAAAAGGACUACGACGCAGUUGACCUGCAAGAAUUUGAGGAAACCAUUCUGCGAGGCUGCGACUACAACCAGGAUGGAAAAAUAAGCAAGAAGGAGCUCACAAUGAUAUUGCUGGCUUUAUCAAAGACCAGCAUAGAGGAAGAGUCGUCAUAAAUUUCAGUCACGCACAAUUUUUAACAAUUUAUAUAAUUGGUAAAAACAUCUUAAUUGUUUGGUCUUGCCUCUUGUGAUGUUGAAAACACAUGAACCUUGAGAAUCUGUGAAAAUUCUAAUUUGCACUGUUGAAAUAUGCUCUAUAUCUGUGAAAAUUUAUAAUUUUAAUCAAAAAUUGUUGAAAAAAAAACUGAUAUUUCUUCUAUAAGAGUAAUCAGAAGUCUUUCCCGAAAUGUAUGUCUCAAUUAGUCGAUUGAUAAGAAAAUAUUUUAUCAACAACUGCGGCGAGCUUUCAUUUUCAUGGCAUUGCAUAAUGACAAAACACUGUACAAUUAUUGUCUAAAGAAUUUAUGUUAUGUUCAAAAAGGUAAAAAUCCAUGAAAGCACAGGAGAGUAGCACAAAAUAACAUAAAAUUUUUAUCCAAAAUUAAAAUAAAUUCUGCUAAAUUAAAUGAUAAAAAUACUACUUAUAUAUGUGUGGCUCCUCUUUUUGCCUAAGCACAAGUCCUAGAAAAUAAUUUAAAAAAAUUAAAGCUAACGGCUUUGCUAAAUGAAAUGCACUUCUUAUAUCUCUUUAUGAUCGCAACUCAAUAUAACUUUAAAGUGUAAUACACAGUUUUAAAGUAGCUAUAUAUACUAGUUAAAGUCUCUCUAAUGUUUACUAUGGUGCUUUUAAUUUACACGUCUAGAAAGUCACCAGAAAGUCCACUCGCUUAUAUUUCAUUUGAAAUUUGCACUGCAAUUCUCAAUGUCCUGCCAACUGAUGCCAAAGAGCCAUCAGUACUUGAAGUUGUCAGUCAAAAAGAAAUAUCUGCUGACUGGACUUUUAUAAGGUCUAUUUACAGAAGAAAAAAUGCGCAAAUUUCAUUACUUUCAAUACGGUGCUAAUCAACUUAUAAAAUUAUCUUUAGUCUUUAAUAUAAUAAUUAAGUUGAAUUGUAUAAAAGUGAGGCAAACACCUUAAGUAAAACUUUAAAGAUAAUUAUACAUGUCUAUAGAAAUGUAGUACGCAACUUUCUCUUUUACCGCAUGUGUGGACUAAAUAUGUAAACAAAAAAGACACGCAUUUUCAAGGCUUCCAAAAAUAAUUUUAUGCAUUGCUGAUUAAUCCAUAGAGUUAGUUGCGAUAGUAUUGAUUUUCCCGCUACAGAAGCUCUACAGAGAUUGUGAAACCUAAUAUAGAAGAUAAAUAUUAUAUAAGUUGUGGAACGUAAAAAAAUUGCGCAAAAAUAUGUCAAAGUAUUGAGGAUUUCUUUUGUAUUGGCUCUAAUUAUUUUAUUUAAUAUAGAAAAAUCAGGAUACUCUAUGGUCUAGUUCACAAUUUUACAUUUAUUAAAGAAGUACAAUUUUCCGCAAACUUCAAUUAUGCAAUUGUAGAGUGUCUACUGCUUUUGCAUUGAAAUUUUUAAAUUUAAACCGGUUUAAAUUGUUUAUAUUGUCCACGCCCGGACAAUUUCCCAUAGUUUAAAAUAAAGAUUGAAAUAAUGGCCGCAACACCAAUUUAAUGCUAAUGAGCCCUACAUGAAUGCAUCAGUCACAGCAAUAAGGGUUUAACAAAAAGCUGCAUUAAAAACACACAACUCCUUCAUAUAAAUGCUCACGAUGACAAAAACUUAUUAAAUUUUAAUCAUUUUAAUAUUUACGGGACUCACAAUCAUAUCAGAAAUACAAGCAGUAAGCAAGUGCAUAGCUAUAAAAGUAUGCUCUUUUAAAAUUGACCUGAGGUUCAUUUCUGGGGGCUCUGAGCUAAUCAAAAGUUGCGAGAUGAGAGCCGCAUAAUAUUGCCAUUUUCACACCACCAUUAUAAUAAUAUUAUCACAACAAGGAGAGAAGAAAACAUGAGCUUUUUCAAUUGAUUUCAACUCUGUGCACAAUUUUGGUGAUGAUCAAUUGAUUUUUAACAAAAACACCAUUUUACCAUACCAUUAUACACGCCACGUAUGUAUAUUUACCAAAUGUUACAAAAGUUGUUGAAAAAAGGCAAUGUUGUAAAUGUACUAAAAAUAUAUCAUGCCAAUGGAAGUUUCACUUGAAAAAUAGGAAUAAUAUCAAUAAUAUAAUAGAAUGGUGACGUUCGAUAUUACAUGACAUCAAUUAAAUUAAAUGCUGCAAGUAUAAUAUUGCUGAAGAAAUUUAAUUAAAAUAUCUGGAAAUUUUAAAGUAGCAAAAAUCACGUUUGUUUAAUUCGGUUUGAUUAACAAAAAUUAUGUUAUUGUUGAAUUUAUAAACAUUUGUAAAAAGAAGGUAUCGCGAUUUAAUUAUUUUAGCUGUGAGUUUUUUUUUAAUAUUCUUUUCUAUUGUUUACUCAAUCUUGUUAAUAUAUCAUGUAUAUGAUUGAUUAUUAAGUAGUAAUAAAAUCCAAGCAGCAAAAAUUAUAAAAUUUAUUCUGCAAAAA